AUGUUACCAACUACAACAAAUCAUGCACAAGGACGCUCUCAACAGCAGCCACAACAACAUCAACCAACAAUUGCUGAACCGUUGGUCGAAAUAAAACACAAUUGGUUGAUUAAAAAUGUUCAGCAUAGUAGAGAUGGUGACGAGUAUACAAGUGAAUUAUUUCCAUGUACAAAUUGUGCAACAACUUGGCAAAUGCGUUUAUAUCCAUCUUAUUGUGAACGCAAUAGUAUAUUUGUUAAAUUUUACAUAUUUAUGAUCAAACCAAAACUUCGCACAAUCAAAGCUGAAGUUAGUGUGACAUGUGAAUAUAAUAGUGAAGAAAUUUAUAAAUAUACAUGGUCUAAUGCAACAUUCUAUUGUGAUCCAUCAGAAUCAUUUGAUAUCAAACGAAAUUAUGUUAUCUCCAAUUUUCUUAAAUCAUAUAUCUCUUCUUCACGUGAUCGCCUCUUAUCCUGUCCUUCGCUUAUUAUUACAUUGCAAAUUCGUCCAAUGUUAGACGCGUCGCUAUGCGAUGAUCUAAGGCUAAUUAAAGUGAGAAAUGGGACAGCGAUUGAUGAACACUCUUAUACGUAUCAAUGGACAAUUGAUGAUUUUAAUACGAAAACAAAAUUAUGUUAUGAAGACGAAUGUCUAGAAUCAUCAAUAUUUACAUUCGAACAUAAAUUAGAUCGACGUUUUAUCAAUUUAAAUAAUUGUUUUCAACUAUGUUUAUCGUUAGAGCGAGAACAAAAUAUGAUUAUUAUGUUAUAUCGUUUGACACUGAAAACUCGUCUACGUUUACCUUAUCGUUUUCGCUUAGAAUUUUUUGUUCGUGCAAAUUUUUCUACACGUCUAUUGAAGAUGAGUGAUGUUCUUGAUCCUGUGGAUAUAUUCCAGUUUGAUCCAUUUUCAUCAAAAGAUCUAAGUGACUGUACACAACAAUACAAUAGUAGUCCGUGUCUAGUAUUUUUCGUACGAAUUGUUCUAUUUGGACAACAAAAUCCAAAAUUAUGUUUGAAUGUAUUAGAUUAUUGUCCAUUGAAUGAUACAAUGUCAAUAGCAGAUAAUGAUUUUUAUCCGGUUAACAAUAAUCAAUUAAUGACUCGUGAAUUGUUACGUACAGGAAAAUUUUCCGAUGUUAAAAUUAAAGUUGGUUCAAAAGAAUUUAAUGUUCAUCGUUGUAUACUUGCAUCAUGUAGUGAAGUAUUUGAACGAAUGUUUAGCAUUGACAUGUUAGAAAAACAAACAAAUAUUAUUGAAAUUAAUGAUAUAUCAGAUGAUAUUAUCGAAGAAAUGUUAAGAUACAUCUAUUAUAAUGAUAUUAAAUAUUUAGAUCAAAAUGCGUUAGAUUUACUCUACGUAGCUGACAAAUAUGCCAUUGAAAAUUUAAGAAAUGUUUGUAUUAAAUCACUUAUCAAUUCAAUUACCUAUGAAACGGCUGCUGAAAUGUUGAUACGUGCAAACAUUUAUAAUUCAAAGUUGUUAAAAGAUAAUAUAUUGACAUUCAUUAAAACAUAUAGUAAAGACGUGUUUCAAACAGAACAAUGGAAACAAUUAGAACGUACACAACCAUAUUUAUUAGUCGAUGUAUUAAAAUUUAUUGCAAAUGGAACAUAUUCUUAA